CGACACAUCUGUCCGCUAGGCAGCAUGAGAUGACCCUAUUCCAUACCCCUAUCACCUAUUUCAAUAGCUCGGCAAUAGCUAAAUAGGGCCAAGUAUAUAUACGCCACAUCAUGAAUUGGGACAGCCUAUGUUUCAACAUAGCAACGUUGAUUGCUGGGGCCUUUGUCCUUGACUUUGGCGCGGACAAAUUCAUUGAUCAUACAGUCAUUGUGGGACAGCGGUUGGGCAUUUCGCCCACUCUUAUUGCUCUUCUGACUGCUGGAGCCGAAUAUGAAGAGCUCGCCGUCAUUGUCGCAGCAAUCCUACAACACCGCAGUCCGCUAGCACUCGGCAAUGCCAUGGGAUCUGCAAUUUCCAAUAUACUCGGUGCCUUUUCCCUGGGCCUCCUAUGUCAUCCGGACAGAGUAGACUUCGAUAGUAGUGCGAAGAUGUAUUCGGUGCUCCUGCUUUCCGUCACCACUCUAUUCGUUGCAUUGGCCUUUUUUCAUCAGCUGAAUCGAGUUACUGGUGGGAUCCUCAUCGGCGUCUUCGCUCUCUAUAUCAUGUCGAUUGGCUAUGCCAUUUAUAGGGGUAUCACUCAACCGACUUACUUGUCGGAUAGUGAUAACGACGAUGAAUUACCCAUUGCCGAUGCUGAACGCCCAAUUGGCCCGUCGACUUCAGAGAAUUCUCCUCUCUUGGGAAACGCGAAUCCACCUCAGGGAACAAUAACUACGGUCGAGGAGACAGACAGAAAUCCGCCACGACCAUUAUAUCAACAUGUCUUCCAGCUCUUGUUGGGUCUGCUUGCACUCUCUUUAUCAGGAUAUAUUCUCGCCCAUAGUGCAGGUGCCGUUGCUGAUUCCCUUCAUCUAUCGGGCACCGUUUUUGGCCUGACGGUGAUCGCUUUUGCCACGACCCUGCCGGAAAAGUUACUUUCUAUUCUAAGUGGCUUUCGCGGGCAAGGAGGUAUUAUAGUUGCAACUACCGCAGGAAGCAAUAUAUUUCUGCUGACGCUUUGUGUGGGCAUUGUUGCGGUGGCGGGAAUCCCCGUCGAUGAGGCGGAUACGUUUCUACUUUUUGACCUGGCCACGGUCUGGAUGUCCUCGUUAUGCUUUACAGCGGUCGUAUUUCUUGGACCCAGUCGACUUGCUGGCCUGGUGCUUCUCGCUGCAUAUAUAGUAUUUCUGGUCCUCGAAUUCACGGUGUACAAACGUUGAACCGACAAUCUCGGACUCGCUAGCAUCAUCAUUGCCACUAUAUCAAAAGAGAAAAAAGAAUCCAAAAAAAGACAAAAACAUACAACAGCAGGGAUUCG